CAUAAUAUUAAGUUAAAGGUUCACAGGCUGCUAUGAGAAGAAGAAUGUCUGAGUUUAUUCAUAUCUGUAUUGUAGGCCUAAAACUUAAAAAAAAUUGAUAAUAGAUAGGAAAAUACAGCGCACUAUUGCUGUUUCACACAUCUGUUAACACUAUUCAUAUCAUCCACUGUAGAAACUAUGUCUGUGAUUCAUUUUCAUAACAGGAUAGGGCGCAAGAGAAUAUUAAAUAUUACAAAAUAAAAUAUUGAUAUCCUAUAUAUUUUAAGGGCUUGGAUGAUCUGAUUCACAUUGAUUCCAGUGCCAACAUGGUACAUAGAUGUCUCAUCUAGUACUAACAACGGGUCAAAUUUUCUUUGUCCAGUACUUAGCAUUAUGACCAAACACUUGCGAAGGCCUACUUUUUGUGUUUUGUGCCAAUUGGCAGAUGUUAACAUAUAGCUAAGAUGCUAAACUGUGAUGAUAAACAUCAACAAUAUCAUUAUGAGAUUAACAUGUUAGGGUGAGCAACACAACGCCUAACACAGCUUCACAGACCAUCAUGUCAUGACAAAUACUUGAGACAUAUUUUUGCAGAGGCCUGAACACCAUUUGGACUUUAACAUUGCUCAGAUACAAUGUUUCUCAGUAACAUUUAUGCCACGUGAAAAAGCCUGUAUUUAUUUCGGAUGUGUUCCAAGUGAAAUUUGAAUGCCACAUAUUCCACGCACAUUAUUAAUGUGUUAACCGGUCGGUGAAUAAAAGGUAAGUGCCCCAUUCCUAUCACGGUGGACAGGUCUGAAGGGCGUACAUGAUCACACACAGAGAAUGGUAUGCUGAUGGUGUGGGCAUGAUCGAGAGGGAGGCUGUGAACUCAAGUAACCCCGCCUCAACCUGUUAUAUCUUUUUUUUUCUGCGUGUCUAAACGUGGACGUUCAGCGAAUUACUCCAUCCCUGUCUGCACCAGAGAGCCCUGCCUCGUUUCUCAUUGGACUGUACGGCCAAGCCAAGCUGUCAGCCCAUGUGGCGUGGCCAGAUACAAUGUGACAUUUAAAUUCAUCAGACAAAAAGAGUCAUGAACGCCGGCGUGUAGACAAGGAAACAAAAAGAGGCAGCAAUUUCCUUCCUACACUAAACAGUAAGAGGAAAUAACCAGAGAAUAUAGGCCUAUGCAAUACAAGCGCUAAUAUUUCACCAGCUGGUUCAAAUUCGUGCUUUUCCAGGGACAGCAAACCGGUUCGGGUAGCACAGUAACUCAGCAUGGAUGAGAUAGUUAUAACAGGCAUUUCGGGCCGUCUGCCCGAGUCUGAGAACCUCGAAGAAUUCUGGGAAAACCUUAUUAAUGGUGUGGACAUGGUGACAGAGGAUGACCGGCGGUGGGCACCAGGUCUGUACGGUCUUCCAAAGAGGAAUGGGAAACUGAAGGACAUCAGCCAUUUUGAUGCAGCAUUCUUUGGAGUCCACCCCAAACAGGCCAAUACUAUGGACCCCCAGCUUCGUCUCAUGCUGGAGAUUUCCUACGAAGCUAUUGUAGAUGGAGGACUGAACCCGGCCACACUGCGUGGCAGUAAGACGGGUGUCUACAUUGGGGUGAGUGGCUCAGAAGCUGGUGAGGCGUUCAGCAGAGAUCCAGAGGAGCUGCUGGGCUACAGCAUGACUGGCUGCCAGCGCGCUAUGUUGGCCAACAGACUCUCCUACUUUUUUGACUUCAGUGGCCCCAGCACUGCCAUCGACACAGCCUGUUCCUCCAGCUUGCUGGCUUUAGAAAACGCCUUCCAUGCCAUUCGUCAGGGCCACUGUGACUCUGCUCUGGUGGGGGGAGUCAACUUGCUCCUCAAACCAAACACCUCUGUGCAGUUCAUGAAACUGGGCAUGCUCAGUCCUGAGGGGACCUGCAAGUCCUUUGAUGCAUCAGGAGAUGGAUACUGCCGUUCUGAGGCAGCAGUGGCAGUGCUGCUGACCAAGCGAUCGCUUGCUAAAAGGGUCUAUGCCACAGUGGUCAAUGCUGGCAACAACACGGAUGGAUACAAAGAGCAAGGUGUAACGUUCCCUUCAGGUGAGAUGCAGCAGAGGCUGGUUCAUUCUCUCUACCAGGAGGCAAAUAUAACUCCUGAGCAGGUGGAAUACGUGGAAGCCCAUGGCACUGGAACAAAAGUUGGGGACCCACAGGAAGUGAAUGGCAUUGUCAAGGUGUUCUGUCAAUCAAAGCGAGAGCCUCUGCUUAUUGGCUCCACCAAGUCUAACAUGGGCCACCCAGAGCCGGCCUCUGGUCUGGCCGCCCUGGCAAAGGUGUUACUUUCUUUAGAGCAUGGAGUCUGGCCUCCUAACCUGCAUUUCAACAAUCCUAACCCUGACAUUCCCGCCCUCACUGACGGCCUGGUUAAAGUGGUUGACCGGCCUACCCCUGUCCGAGGCGGCAUAAUAGGCAUCAACUCCUUUGGAUUUGGUGGUUCAAAUGUUCAUGUGAUCCUUCGUCCAGCGGUGAAAGCCGCUGAUGAGACUGUACUGCCCAGGAUGGUUCCCAGGGUGCUUCAGGGCUGUGGCCGGACAGAGGAUGCCGUCAACGCUGUGCUCCAGAAGGGGAAGGAACAGGCUGGAGAUGACAGCUUCCUGUCUUUGCUGAAUGAGGUGUCAGGAGUUCCCACUACUAGUAUGCCCUACCGAGGCUAUGCUCUGAUUGGCUCUCAGAGUGAUGUCAUGGAGGUGCAGCAGGUGCAAGCCUCUGCUAGGCCGCUCUGGUACAUCUGUUCAGGUAUGGGAACACAGUGGGCAGGUAUGGGCCGUAGUCUCAUGCAGCUGCCAGACUUCAGAGAGUCCAUAUUGCGGUCAGAUGCAGCCCUGAAGGACACCGGCCUCGUCGUGUCUCGCCUGCUCAUGGAGGAGGACAGUGCCAUAUUUGAAGACACUAUUCAUGCCUUUGUUGGCCUCGCUGCCAUACAGGUAGCUCAGAUCGACUUGCUCACUAAGAUGGGUCUGCAGCCUGAUGGCAUCGUAGGACACUCAGUGGGAGAGCUGGCCUGUGGCUAUGCUGAUGGCUCCCUCAGCCAAAGCGAAGUCAUCCUGGCUGCCUAUUGGAGAGGCCGCUGCAUUAAGGAGGCCAGCCUUCCUCCAGGAGGCAUGGCUGCAGUCGGGCUGACCUGGAGGGAGUGCAUGGCUCAGUGUCCUCAAGGAGUAGUCCCAGCCUGUCACAAUGCUGAGGACACCGUCACGAUCUCUGGUCCUAAGGAAGCAGUCAGUAAAUUUGUGUCCGAACUAAAAGAGCAAGGAGUAUUUGCAAAAGAAGUACGCAGUGCUGGUGUUGCAUUCCAUUCCUACUACAUGGCCUCCAUUGCUCCAACCCUGCUGGCUGCUCUGAAAAAGGUGAUCAAGGAGCCGCGGCAGCGUUCUUUCCGCUGGGUGAGCACCAGCAUCCCUCAGUCUGAGUGGGAGUCUCCUCUGGCUCUGUACAGCUCAGCUGAAUAUCACGUCAACAACCUGGUGAGCCCUGUGCUUUUCCAGGAGGGCCUCAGUCUGAUUCCUGAAAAUGCUGUGGUGCUGGAGAUAGCCCCUCAUGCUCUGCUGCAGGCCAUCCUGAAGCGUAGCCUGAAGCACACAUGCUCCAUCAUCCCCUUGAUGAAGAGAGACCAUACCAACAACCUCGAGUUCUUCCUCUCAAACAUUGGCAAAAUCUACAUGAAUGGCAUUGACAUAGAUAGUAAUGGUCUCUGCCCAGCUGUGAAGUACCCUGUUCCGGUCGGUACCCCUCAGAUCUCCCCUUUGGUGCAGUGGGACCAUGCCCAGACCUGGGAUGUACCCAAAGCUGAGAAUUUUAUCUCUGGCUCAGGAGGAUCUAAUUCUGUCAUUGUCUAUAACAUUGACAUAAACCCAGAUUCUGCAGACUAUUACUUGACUGGACACUGUAUUGACGGGCGAGUCCUCUACCCAGCGACGGGUUACCUGGUGCUUGCUUGGCGUACCUUGGUGAGAAGUUUGGGGGUUGUCAUGGAAAACGCCCCUGUAAUCUUUGAAGAUGUCACCAUCCAUAAAGCCACCAUCCUCCCAAAGACCGGCUCUGUCCAGUUGGAGGUGCAUCUCAUGCCUGCCACCAAGAAGUUUGAGGUUUCAGAGAAUGGAAACCUGACUGUCAGUGGUAAAGUAAGCAUUUUGGAGGAGGCAGCUCUUGAUUCAUUCCAUAGUCAGAUAAGUCAGCAAACUGCCAACAGUGAUAGUGACCCCAAAGUGAAUCUGACAGCACAUGAUAUCUACAAAGAGCUGCGACUGCGCGGCUAUGACUAUGGGAAGACUUUCCAAGGCAUCCUGGAGUCCAACAACAACGGAGAUAGUGGGAAGCUGCAGUGGACAGGAAACUGGGUGACCUUUCUGGACACCAUGCUGCAAAUGAUUGUGGUUGGGCUGUCAGGUCGUAGUCUGCGUUUGCCAACCAGAAUCCGCUCUGUGUGUGUCGAUCCAGCUGUCCAUCUGGAGAAGGUCUACGAGUACACUGAUGGAAAGCAAGCUGCAGAUGUCCAUGUCAACCGCUGCCUUGACAGCAUUGUUUCUGGUGGAGUCCAGAUCUGUGGGCUGCACGCCACUGUGGCCCCACGUCGGCAGCAGCAGCAGGGUCCCCCCACCCUGGAGGAGUAUCUGUUUGUUCCUUAUGUGAAGACAGAGUGCCUGACAGCCAGUGGGAAACUUGCAGAGCAGCUGAGGCUCUGCAAAGGUUUAAUCUACAGACUGCAGCAAAAGUUGGCCUCUCAUGGCCUCAAGCUCUCCGUCCCUGGGCUGCAAGGGGAGCCAGAUAGCGCGCUUCCCAGCCCUGAGCCCUCUGAGCCCAGCCUGGUGCGGCUUCUGGCGGUGCUCUGUGGUCUGGAGCUGAACGGGAACCUUCGCUCUGAACUGGAGCAGACAGUGGAGAAGGAGAGGGUGUGUCUGCUGCAGGACAGCCUGCUGCGGGGGCUACUAGACAGCCCAGCCCUCAGACACUGCCUGGAUACUGCCAUGGAAAACGGCAUGUCUGGCAAGAUCAAAGUCCUGGAGGCUCUGUCCAAUGAUGGCCAGCUCUUCUCUCAUGUGGUACCCCUCCUCAACAUCCAACCCAUGCUGCAUGUGGACUACACUGCCACGGCAGCCAACGUGGAUCUUCUGCUCCCCAACCAGGCCACCCUUCAAGAGCUGGCAGUUGCUUCAGUACAGUGGGACCCCCUCAUGGGCCCAGCUCCGGGAGGUGUGGUAGGAGGGGCAGACCUGGUGGUGUGUAACCAUGCUUGGGGCCCUCUGAGGACGGACCCUGGACUGCUGAUGGCAAAUCUGUCUUCUGGAGCCAAACAAGGGGGGUUUGUUCUCCUCCACACCCUGCUGAAAGGAGAGACUCUGGGGGAAACAGUGGCUUUCCUCUCCAGCACUGCUCAGAGCAGCAGCCAGCAAGGACUGUUCACACAGGCUGAGUGGGAAAAGGUGUUUUCUGAGGCCUCCCUCAGGCUGGUGGCUGUCAGGAGAUCUUUUUAUGGCUCAGCCCUCUUUCUAUGUCGCCGUCAAUCUCCAAGCAAACAGCCCCUUUUUUUACCUGUGGACAGCUCUGACUACAAGUGGGUGGAAACACUCAAGGUGAUGAUGAUGGAGCCAUCAGACAGUCCACUGUGGUUGACUGCCUCUCAGGCCAAUUGUGGCAUUGUGGGAAUGGUAAACUGUCUCCGGCAAGAGCCAGGUGGCAGCCGAAUACGCUGUGCAUUUGUGUCCAAUCUAAACGAGUCUUCAGCAGCACCGAGCCUCCAGCUGGCCCAUGAGUCCAUGCAGGCAGUGCUGGAGGGGGAUCUGGUUAUGAAUGUGUUCAGAGAUGGACACUGGGGCACGUUCAGACACCAGCUCAUCAGUAACGAUCUAAAUGAAGAAUUGACUGAGCGGGCCUACGUCAAUGUGUUGACUCGUGGUGACCUGUCUUCGCUGCGCUGGAUUGCCUCCCCACUUCGUCACUUUGUGGCCAAUAAUCCCAACGUGCUGCUUUGUCAGGUCUACUAUAGCUCACUCAACUUCAGAGAUAUAAUGCUGGCCACUGGCAAACUGCCACCGGAUGCUAUUCCAGGAGACCUAGAUCUGCAGCAGUGCAUGUUGGGUAUGGAGUUUUCCGGUCGUGACCCGAAUGGUCGGCGCGUAAUGGGGCUGCUACCUGCUAAAGGCCUGGCGACGUGUGUGGAUGCUGACCAACGGUUCCUCUGGGAUGUUCCCUCAACCUGGACACUGGAGCACGCAGCCUCUGUGCCAGUGGUCUACGCCACAGCCUACUAUUCUCUGGUGGUGCGUGGCAGGCUCCGCCCUGGAGAGAAGGUUCUCAUCCACUCAGGAUCAGGUGGUGUCGGCCAGGCUGCCAUCGCCAUAGCACUCAGCAAGAAAUGCAGAGUCUUCACUACCGUUGGCUCAGCGGAGAAGCGAGCCUACCUGCAGCAGAGGUUCCCUCAGCUCUCAGCAGAGUCCUUUGCUAACUCCAGAGACGCCUCUUUUGAGCAGCACAUCCUACUCCACACACAGGGCAGAGGUGUGGAUGUGGUGCUGAACUCUCUGGCUGAAGAGAAGCUGCAAGCUAGUGUUCGCUGCCUAGCCAGACAUGGACGGUUCCUAGAGAUUGGCAAAUACGACCUGUCAAACAACUCUCCACUGGGUAUGGCUAUUUUCCUGAAGAAUGUGGCGUUCCACGGCAUCCUGCUGGAUGCUCUGUUUGAAGAGGGCAACCAGGAGUGGGAGGAAGUGUCCCAGCUGCUGAAGGAAGGCAUCAUGGGAGGUGUAGUUCAACCUCUAAAGACAACAGUGUUUGAGAGAGACCAAGUGGAGGAAGCAUUCAGAUACAUGGCUCAGGGCAAGCAUAUUGGGAAGGUCCUCCUGCAGGUUCGUUGUGAGGAGAGAGGUGGAGCAGUAGAAACUGCUUCCCCUUCACCUCUUCCUGCAAUCUGUCGCACCUUCUGCCUGGCCUCCAACUCCUACAUCAUCACUGGCGGACUGGGGGGCUUCGGCCUGGAGCUCGCUGAGUGGCUGACGGAAAGAGGAGCCCGCAAACUGGUGCUGACUUCCAGAUCUGGCAUCAGGAAUGGGUACCAGGCAAAGCGAGUGCGGAAAUGGCAGAGCCAAGAUGUGGAGGUGUUGGUAUCGACCAGUGAUGUCAGCACGCUGGAGGGAGCCGAGCGACUCAUCACAGAGGCCUGUGAGCUGGGCCCAGUGGGCGGCGUCUUCCACCUAGCCAUGGUACUGAAAGAUGGCAUGUUGGAGAACCUGACCCCUCAACUCUUCCUUGACGUUAACAAACCUAAAUACGAUGGCACUGUAAACCUGGACAAAGUGACACGAAAGAUGUGUCCAGACCUCAGCUACUUCGUGGCCUUCUCCUCAGUCAGCUGCGGCCGCGGCAACGCAGGCCAAAGUAACUACGGUUAUGCCAACUCAGCCAUGGAGCGCGUGUGUGAGAAGCGCCACUAUGAUGGCCUGCCUGGAUUGGCAGUCCAGUGGGGUGCCAUCGGCGAUGUGGGCGUGGUGCUGGAGACCAUGGGUGGCAAUGAUAUGGUGAUUGGCGGCACUCUGCCACAGCGCAUUGCUUCCUGCAUGGAGGUGCUCGACCGCUUCUUGUGCCAGCAGAGGCCAGUGAUGUCCAGCUUUGUACUGGCAGAGAGAACAGUUGUGAAGAGCGAAGCAGGAAGCCAAAGAGACUUGGUGGAUGCUGUAGUUCACAUUCUGGGUGUGCGGGAUGUGAACAGCUUGAACGCAGAAACAUCAUUGGCUGACCUGGGCCUAGACUCCCUGAUGGGCGUGGAGGUUCGCCAAACUCUGGAGCGUGACUAUGAUAUUGUCAUGGCCAUGAGAGAGAUUCGCCAGCUCACCAUCAAUAAGCUGCGAGAGCUGGCCAGUACCCAGCCCGGAGGAUCAAAUGAAGCUCAGCUUGCUGUACCUAAGAGGGAUGGUGUUCACUCUCUGCUCGAGUCCAAUCUGACCCAGCUGCUAGUCAAUCCAGACGAUCCCACAGUGACACCACUCAACAAGGUCCAGAGCCAGGAGAGGCCACUGUUCCUGGUCCAUCCCAUUGAGGGCUCCACUAGUGCCUUUAAGGCACUUGCCUCCAAGCUUAACAUGCCUUGCUAUGGCCUGCAGUGCACAAAAGCUGCUCCUCUGGACAGCAUCCAGUCGCUGGCAGCCUACUACGUGGGCUGCAUCAGACAGGUUCAGCCAGAAGGGCCAUAUCGAAUCGCUGGCUACUCCUUCGGCGCUUGCGUGGCGUUUGAGAUGUGCUCUCAGCUGCAGACCCAGAACCAGCCUGUGGAGUACCUCUUUCUGUUUGAUGGAUCACACUCCUAUGUUGCAGCGUACACACAGAGCUACAGAGCCAAGCUGACACCAGGGAACGAGUCUGAGGCUGAAACUGAAGCCAUGUGUGCCUUUAUCCAGCAGUUCACUGGCAUCGAGUACAACAAGCUUCUGGAGACUCUUCUCUCACUGCCGGACCUGGAGGCCCGAGCCAAUGUGGCGGUGGACCUGAUCACCUCCAGCUACAAGAACAUCAGCCGAGAUUCUCUGCACUUUGCAGCCACUACCUUCUACUACAAGCUAAAGGCCGCCGAUGGCUAUGUACCAGCGACAAAAUACCACGGUGAUGUGAUGCUACUACGCGCCAAAACCAGCAGCGAAUACGAACAGAACCUGGGAGCUGACUACAAGCUCAGUGAGGUUUGUGAUGGCAAGGUGUCAGUCCACGUCAUUGAGGGAGACCACCGCACCUUCCUGGAAGGACAGGGGGUGGAGUCCAUCAGUAGCAUCAUCCACAGCUCACUGGCUGAGCCACGGGUCACGGCACGGGAGGGCUAGAGAUGCUCCACCCAGCCAAUUCCACAACAUUCCCAAGAUUAGUUCAGGAUAUGUAGCUUUAACUGUUUUAUACAGUGAGAACAAUACAGUAAGUCUGUGGACACAGCACAUUGAAGUUCUGAUAUUCCAAAUGCACAUUAUUCCUCAUCACACCUUUUGAUAUCUCAUUGGUCAAUUCCCACAGCAGACACUCUCCCUGACCCACAGGAUCAGAUGUAGCUGGUAUCUUCUUGCCGGGUAAAUAAAACCUGCUGUCAGUUUGUGCAGCAUGACUUAGAUGUUCUACAUUAUGUUAUGUGGCCAUGUCUCAUUCAGCCUUUUUUGGAUUGCAGUAGGUACACCACUUUUAAGCAGCUUUUUAUCUGGACUAUUUUCAUCUGUAAUUCAUCUGAAUUGGGUAGUAUAAAACACAUUGUAUGAAAAUAAGUAAAACAUUUGAAUUAUGACUUUCAUAACACAAAAUAACCAACUGCUUAACACUUGUCAUGUUGGUGAUAAACUAAUCAUUGUUUGUAAAAUGACCAAGCAAUAAAAGAUUAAAAGUAGGCAAUAGUUGACAGGCUUUAUAAAUUUAAUUAAGUUCAGCUAACUUCAUAAGCCUAACACUUCCCUGUGAUAUCCGCAGCCAAGCAAAACAUACAAGACAUUAUCCUGAUGUCUCUACAACGCCUCAGUUUGUACUGGCUUUAUUUACCGAACUAGCCUGUGGUAAGUUGUGUGCACAGUCUGUUCACUGUAGCUGGUCCAGCUGGAACCAGUGUCCAGGGAUGUACGACAACUGCCCUCUGAGAGUAAAUGGAUUUUACAUCCAGACUUAACUGGAAGUACGAGAACAAUGCUCAUCUACAGGAAGAGACAACUGCAGCCGUGCUCUGUCAGAGCUUUACUCGAGUUAACUGCACUUAAUCUGUUAUUGGUUAUUAACAUGUCAUGAUUGUAGUAGAACUGUCUGCCUCUGUACUCCUGAUAUGCAGACAACAGCCUUUCAUGCAGCUGUGCUGAGCACAGGAACAGCAGGUCACCUGCCUUGGAGCUUCAGUCACAUUUGUGCUACUCAGCUCUGUCUGGCUGCUAAAGGCUGUUUCAGUAAUUCCACACUAAUGCAUGUCUAUAUGUGUGACAGAGGACUCCUCUUCUAAUCUAACUGCUUUUACUGUACAUGGACAUGUCUUUACCCAGUGAUACCCCGGAGUGAUCCUCUGCUUAUUUCAAUGUAAGGCUGCAUAUAUGCACGCAAACCUGUUAUAAAACUGUCUGACCUAGUACUGUUACAGUCAACCGUUUACUGUGUGAAUAUUUGGAGCCCUCCAAAUGCAUUUUAUUUUGUCAAAAAGAAAUGUGCUUACAUCUGUGUGAUUGUAUUGUUUUUCAGCAUUUUAUGACUUGAAGUAAAGCAGCAACUAUU